AUGUACUUAAAGCUCACUGAAAGAACAAUGAACCAUUACAACCUAGGACAACCUGACUCUUUUUGGAAAAGUUUAUGGGAUCUCAAUGUCUCUCAAAGAAUUAAAAUCUUUAUAUGGGAAGGACUGCAAGAUGCUCUUUCCACAAAUCUGAAACUUUCGGCCUUCAUGGAAGAUCUCCAUUCCAAUUGCUCCUUUGGUUGCAAUACAAUAGAAUCUACAGAGCAUUUUCUUUUCUCUUGUCCUUUUGCUAAAUCAGUAUGGGCUGAAAAUCCUUUCCCCAUGACUCUUAAUAUACAUGCUUCUACUUCAUUUCUAGAAAUAUGCAAGGAAUGGUUAGGCAACAAAAACACUAAUAUUUCGAUAGAAAUUAUCUUGACAAAAGCUUGGUUCAUUUGGAAAGAAAGAUGUAAUAAGGUCUUUGAACAAAAACAACAAUCUAGUACCCAAUUAGGUAUAAAAAUUCAGAGAUACUUGGAUUACUGGUACAAGGAUAAUUUACCUAGAUGUUUAUCUACCACUCAUAACACUAAAAAGCAAGUUUGGUUAUCUCCUGAGAAAGCUCGGCUUAAAAUUAAUAUAAAUGCAGCUUGGAAAUCCAUGAAUUUUCCAGCAGGUUUUUCUUUAAUUGCAAGGAAUGAUGCAGGAGAUUUCAAGACACGAAAAGCAGGACCUCUUAAAGCCACUACCCCUGAAGAAGCGGAAGCUUUAGGAUUCUGCAAGGUGCGCAAUGAGCAGCAGAGAAAGGAUUAUCAAAUUUUUCUAUGGAAGGCGACUGUAAAAACCUUUUUGAUUACUUGA